AUAUCCAUGUACAAAAAUGUGCUAUUAGGGUUGCGUGACUCGCGCGCAACCGCGUAUGCCGCCCCAUCCUCUUCUGCGAUUGUCAAACUGUUUUAUACCACUGUGUCUCACCGACUACCAAUAUCAAGACCAUAACCAACGUAAACUGUUAGUCAACAUUCACAUCGAGAAUUGAUAACUUCCCAAAACAGAUUCCCACUGUGGAGCCAACGAGAAGUUCUAAUUUCCUCAGUGUAUUUGCCUAUUGCUGGAACACGGACCGGACAGCUGUCGGAUUGUGUCAGUACUCCGGGCUAUUUUCUAUUUUCCCACCUACAACCCAUGUCGAGUGGCCGGUCCGUCCUGGAGGGCACGGGAGGAGCUAUGAACGGCACCCUGCGCUCGGUUCGGAAGGGCAUCUCAUGUCGGUUCCAGGACCCAAACUGCACGCGCAACGUGGAGACGCUUUCCUCCUGGAAUGACACCGUGGUCAAUGAGUACCGGCUGGUGGAUCUGCCUUCUGUCACCUCUAUGGCCAUGGUGCAGGAAGCCUCUCGCCACCCCUUCCCAACUGUGGAUGUACCUGACCAUGUCCAUUACACUAUAGGGGUAGUCAUUCUGGCUAUCGGCAUCACCGGCAUGGUGGGCAACUUCCUGGUUAUCUAUGCCUUCGGCAGGAGCAGGUCACUGAGGACUCCGGCCAACAUGUUCAUCAUUAACCUGGCCAUCACUGACCUCCUGAUGUGCCUCACACAGGCACCCAUCUUCUUCACCACCUCCAUGCAUAAAAGAUGGAUCUUCGGGGAGAAAGGCUGUGAGCUAUAUGCGUUCUGUGGGGCUCUAUUUGGGAUCUGCUCUAUGAUCACUCUGAUGGUGAUAGCAGUGGACCGCUAUUUUGUGAUUACACGUCCACUGGCCUCCAUCGGGGUGCUGUCCAAGAAACGAGCCCAGCUCAUCCUCAUGGCUGCCUGGGUCUACUCAUUGGGAUGGAGCCUGCCCCCUUUCUUUGGCUGGAGCGCCUAUGUUCCAGAGGGCCUGUUGACCUCCUGUUCAUGGGACUAUGUGACCUUUACCCCAUCAGUGCGUGCCUACACCAUGCUGCUCUUCACCUUUGUCUUCUUCAUCCCCCUCAUCGUCAUCAUGUACUGCUACUUCUUCAUCUUCAGAGCCAUACGUACAACUAACAGGGCUGUAACCAAGAUUAAUUGCAAUGGGAGCACCAGAGACUCAAUUAAGAGUUUCCGUCGGCUGAAGAAUGAGUGGAAGAUGGCUAAGAUUGCUCUGAUAGUCAUCCUCCUCUAUGUAAUCUCUUGGUCCCCAUACUCUGUUGUGGCCCUGACUGCAUUUGCAGGGUAUGCAGAUUUUCUGACCCCAUACAUGAACUCAGUUCCUGCUGUGAUCGCCAAGGCUUCAGCCAUUCACAACCCCAUCAUCUAUGCCAUCACCCACCCCAAGUACAGGAUGGCCAUAGCCAAGUACAUCCCAUGUCUGGGUGUGUUGCUGUGUGUACGUAGACGUGACCUGCGCUCCACCGAAAGCAGCUUCAUGUCCACCAGACGCUCCACUGUCACCAGCCAGACCUCCGACAUCAGCGAUCGCUUACGCCGCACCAGCACCGUCAAGUCCCGCCUCUCCUCCGCCUCCGACAGCGAAUCGGGCUGGACAGAUACUGAGGCUGACCACUCCAGUAUGGGCUCCAGGCCGGCUAGCCGCCAGGUGUCCUGUGAUAUCAGCAAGGACACAACCGAGCUACCAGCCCUCAAGACUUACAGCUCCUCCAGCUUCAACUCCAAGAUGAAGAGCAACGACUCUGGCAUUUUUGAGAAGGCUGGUGAUUCGUCAGACGCCAUCGUAACGAGAGGAAUGAUUGGCCAGAUUCCCAGCAUCAUCAUCACCUCCGAGACCAGUCCUUUCUUACCUGUCCUUAGGGCCAGUUCCCGUGGUUCCCGUACAAGGCCAUCCAAUGGCAGUAUAGAUGUGGGGUCUGUUAUUAAGGAGCCACAGGAGAGUGUCCAGCAGAGGUCAACACUUCCCAGUGAUGCCUCUACACCACUCAUCUGAUCACAACCACAGUACAUGAUAAAUUAUAAUAAAUGCCAGGGUCUGUACUCAACAUGAAACUUUUCUACAAGUCAAGUUAACCCCCAUGUGAAUACUCUUGCUGUACGUUCUUUACUGAAAAGGUUUUGUUUUGUUGUUUUGUUAAUGUGGUACAACCAGGGCCGGCUCCAAGCAUGCGACAUAAACGGUCGCUUUGGGGAUCCAGCCGCCAUGGGGCCCCCGAACCAGGAACUAAUUUCAGGUCUCAACAUACUGUUCUCUACACCACAUUGCAAAAUGUCAGGGAAAAGUACCAUAAAACUAAAUCAAUGUACUCCGCCAUCAACAGGGAGGCCACAGUGGGGGGGGGGAAUGGGAAAUGGGAUUGGUUGUGUCGUCUGCUAAGCUUUCACCUGGUCCUCUUGAGUGAGCUACAAUCGUAAGGACGUCUGUAAAAUCAGACAGCAGCCCAACUGUUUCAAACCCAUUUCAAACAUUUCCCCUAGCCCAGGUCCCCUCAUCUAAGAUCUGCUAAAGGCUGAAACCGAUUAAGUAGAACUAUUGUGUGAAGUAAUGCAGACAUGACUAAAAGAGGCUGAGCUGGAAUCUAUCUUAGCUGGGAGAUGCUGGAAAUGUCAGGCUGUCUAGGGCAGGGGUUCUCAAACCUCUCACCGGGGCCCCCCAGCUGUUCAAUGUAAUUCAACUAUUCCACAGCUUGCACACCUGAUUCAAAUAGUAAAUUAAUCAUCAAGCCCUUGACUAUGUGAAUCUGGUGAGUUACAGUAGUUCACGGUUACAACAAAAUUGUGAAGAGUCUGGUGUUCCCCGGGGAGAGGUUGGAGAACCACUGGUCCAGGGUAUUGAUUGAAGUCCUUAAUGUGGGUCUAGGCUGUAGUCAGCCCAGAUUCUUUCUCGAGGCCCGUGGCCUGUGUGACAGGAUCUGGGCUGACUACAGCCUGGACCCACAUUAAGGACUUCAAUCAAUACCCUGGCCUUAAAUGUCUUGAGCAUUAGAAUGUGUAGGACGCUGCACAAUAAAUCCACAACUCAGGGCUGAAUUCGAUAGAACCUGCAAUUUGAUUGAGCAAGACAAAUUCCUUCUGGAUGGUAAUAGAGUAUUAUAUUGCUGUAUUUACGCAGUAUAGCUCUUUUCCCCAUAGACAAAUCACUGAAUGGUUUUAACUAUUGUAGAUGCGUCCAGUUUACAGAAUAAGAAGUGGUUGGUCCAUGGGCAGUAGCUUAGUUGGUAAACAAAGACACUGCAAUAACAUUAUCUAUGGCGGAUUUGAAUUCCAGCCUCAGUUUCUCAUCCGUUCCUCUGACUUCAAUCACCAGACUAGUGUUAACUAAUACUACUGUGUUUUGAUGGAACCAAAUAGACUGACAGGCUACAGGACACAAUGGUUGAGAGUGAUUGAUAACACUUGUAAUGAGAACACAAAAAGUGGUAUUCAUAUGUACAGGUAAACAGUCCAUGUGCAUCUGUUGAGUGUCUGGUCUCCUAUUUAUUAUGGUCUCCUGCUUUUUAGAUUAUGCUUGUAAUAACGCAAUGUAAAAUUGAAUUUGCUUUGUAAGAAGCUACAUUUAUUACCAGUAAGUAUUGAAUUUACAACAUUUUCAAUAUUUUAAAAAGAUUUCCACAGUAAGAUAAUCAUACGUAUUUAUAUUUCUGUACCGCGGGGGUCUUUGUGAUUGUAAUUCAUGGGAGAAUCGGUAUCAGACAAUUCAUUAUGGAGCUAAGUGCUCUAAUGGAACAGUUGAAAUAACGGAUGAUGGUUCCAAUAUUCCCUGUGCUUGUAUGGGUGGGCAAAAGGGAUAUUAUUGUUGGUUAUACCUCGGCUGUUAAAUAGCUUACACUAAAAUGGGUCUGUAGUGAGUUUCAAUACAGAGCACAACUAUAAUACAUGUGACUAUAAUGAUAUUAUAGAAUAUGAAAGAUUUCACCUUAGUCUAUAAUAGCUCAGAAACAUAAAACAUAAAAUAUUGAGCGAAGUGCAAGAGGUGUUUGUUUUGUUUUCCAAUUUGGAAUGGUCGAAUGCGAACAGAAAAUGACCCCCCCCCCCCCCCCCCC